GGACAUGGUGAUAACGCAUAUAUUCAACGAAGGGAACAAUUGAAUGUAAUUGCCAAAGCUUAUAAAUAUGGCGAUAAAUUGCCAGAUAUUGAAUAUAGUCCAGAAGAGCACAAAACUUGGGAAGUUGUUUUCAAUAAAUUGAAAUCAUUGCACUCCUCCCAUACUUGUAUGGAAUAUCAGCAAAAUUUUAAACAAAUGGAAUUGGAAGGCCUUCUAGAACCUACUCGAAUACCAAAAUUAUCGCUUGUUAAUAAAUAUCUACAACGUAAAACUGGAUUUACACUUCGGCCAUGUGCUGGAUUACUUUCAGCACGUGAUUUCUUGGCUAGUUUAGCAUUUCGUGUUUUUCAAACUACCAUAUACAUACGGCAUUACGGUUCACCACAUCAUUCUCCGGAACCGGAUUUAAUUCAUGAAUUUAUUGGACAUUGUCCGAUGUUUGCUGAUCCGCUCAUUGCUCAUUUUUCCCAGCAAAUUGGACUUCUGUCAUUGGGUGCAACUGAUGAACAAAUUGAACAGCUUGCUACAGUUUACUGGUUCACAAUUGAAUUUGGCUUAUGUCGUCAAAAUGGUCAACUGAAAGCUAUCGGUGCUGGAUUACUUUCAUCGUAUGGUGAACUUAUGCACGCUUGCUCAGAUAAACCACGACAUGAACCAUUUGAUCCGCAACGUACAGCAUUGCAAAAUUACGAAGAUUCUGAUUAUCAGUCACUUUACUUCGUUACUGACUCAAUUUUUGAUGCUUUAACUAAACUGAGAGCUUUUGUGCAAAAUUUUCAACGUCAAUUUGUGGUCAUCUAUAAUCCAUAUACAGAAUCAGUUGAAGUUAUAAAAGAGAUGGAAGAUCUAAGGGAUGGAUUAAAUCGAUUUAAAGGCGAACUAUCAUCGUUUACUGAAGCAGUGGAAGCACUGAGCAAAAAUAUUACUAAAAAUCUAUCAAUGCCGCAUUAA